AUGAUUUGUGAGAGAAAGAAGAAACUGCUACGAUACUACUAUGAUUAAAUAUUUUCUAAUUUCUUGAAUUAGAUAUGUAUAUUAUAUCAAAACGAGUUUAAAUACAGCUACGAGAAAUGGACGAAAACGAUUUCUUUAGACAGACAGUCCAACACUUAGCGAGAUGUCUUUCCUCCUUGAAUCCAACACCUUGGGAGAAGGUGAACACAUUAUUUAUGUUAUGUCCUCAAGUCAGCUCACCAUUUGUGGUAACUUCAAGGAGUCAGGAAGCUAGCAUAGCACUUGGUCUUUACUUCCUUCAGAGUGGAUUGCAACAUCAAGAAAAACUCUUGCCUUAUUUCCUAAAAGUAUUAAAAUGUCUUACAAAUGCACAAUUCCAGGAACCUAUGUGUAGAAUUAAGUCUGGCGAUCGAAUCCCUAUGUCUGAGAAAUUCAGCUUCUGUUUAAAUACACUUCUCUCAGAUGUUGCAUCAAAAAAUCCAUCUCUACGUGAAGAAAUCAUCACUGCUCAAAUAGAGCUUAUGUCAAAUCUCACUAAAAUUGUAAUCACCUGUUUUGAAAGUAAAGAUUACAAUAAUACAUCAAAACUUCAGUUAUGUAAGAGUACAGUGCCAAUUCUUAUAGGACUUGCAAGGUCUAUGGGUAGAUAUCCAACUGUUGAACCAUCUUUACUAUGCAGAUUAUUCCCGCAACCUAGUAGUCCAGUUCGAUCUAAAGAACCAGAACCUAACUUUGAAUAUGCUACAUUAGAUAAGAAGAGACGAUUUAACCAAUUCCGACCAAUUAUUCCUCGAUCAUUAUCUGGAAAUUUAAAUCCAAAUACAGAGACAAUCAUAGAAAAUGGUUCAGAUACAGUUGACAGUGGGCGUGGGACUCUAAAGAGAAGUUCUUUACAAAGCUAUCACUCAGUACCUUAUGACCCUACAACAUAUUUCUUUCAUAAGUUUGGAUCUAGCUUUAACCAGUUUCCAUACAUGAGAUUUCCUGAAUCUCCAGAAAAGAGGAUUGGUGUCCCAUUUUAUGUAACAUAUCUACAAUCAAUUUUAUCAUUAGCAAAGAAAUUGUUGACAAGAGAUUUAUUAGCAUUUUUGGAUGAGGAGGCAGAAGAUAUUCAUGCAUCGGGACAAAUUCAAGUAUUUCCAUACAAGUCAUUUUCUGAAACAUUAAAUCUAGUCAUGGUAACAUUGCUACGUGAUAUUUUACAAAACCAAAAAGACCUACCAGGACCAUUUACAAAGGAUGUACAGGAAUUUGUUAAAUGUUUGUUCCUAAGUGGUCAAACAGAGUUACAGAGUAGGCACCAUGAUGCUUCUGAGAAGGAGGAUAGAGAAACAAACUUUGCUACUGUGAAUAAAUUUAAAGUCAAUGUUAUGGCUAAUUCAGCCUGCGUUGAUCUCUUAGUAUGGGCUAUUGGAGAUGAGACAGUGGAUGACGACUAUGACGUGCCAGCCCUUAUAAAUGCUCUUACAAUAUUAAUAGGAGCGGAUUCACUUUGUGGUCGAUUGACAGAGAAAAUUAAUUCCAAUCAUAAUCAUAAAUUAAUCUUGGCUCACAUGCCAUUGCUCAUGGUUUGCUUAGAGGGUCUCGGUAAAUUGGCAACAAAAUUCCCUACUAUAGCAAAUACUUCAAUUUAUUGUCUCCGAGAUUUUCUCGUCACUCCAUCUCCUAUUCUGUUUAAACUCCACAAGCUAGAACUAGAAAGAUCUGGGAAAGAUCAUAUAAAAGUUUCAGUUCAAACCAAAGAACCCGGAGUAACAGAUACGGGUGCACCCACAAAGUCAACUCCCUUCGAAAAGCUUCGAGAUGCAGCCAUAGAGAAUCUGUGUGUUGCUCUGGAUGCCGCAUUAUCUGUGGAUCCAUAUUGUGUUCCCGCGCUUGUUGGUUCUGUCAGUAACAGACUGUUUACCGCUGAAACUAGUGACAGUGAAUCCUCGUUAAUCAGCACAAAUAUUGUGAUUAUGCUGGGCCAUGUAGCAGUUGCGUUAAAAGAUACACCAAAAACUACAGAGACAAUAUUACAAUUCUUCCAACAACGGUUAUGCCGAUCACCGUCUUCCUUGGACACGUUGAUAGUGGACCAGCUCGGGUGUAUGGCCCUUGCGAGUCCCGAAGGUCCAGCACACGAUGAAAUCAUGCGAAUGUUCACUGUUAUCACGGUGGAGGCAGCCAGUGCUUCUUACCAGCAUACUGAUGACAGGAAACAAUACCGACAUGUGUCCGGUGCGGUUCUAAACGCUCUUGCGAAUAUAGCGGCAAAUGUAAGAGGAACAAAUGCUCGACAUGAACUAUUGAUACGUCUAUUGGAAUUGUUCGUUCAACUUGGCCUUGGAGGAGAAAGGGCUACGGAUCGAUCACCAGCGCCGGUUUUAAAAGCGUCAGGAAGUGCGGGAAAUUUGGGUGUGCUUAUUCCAGUUAUAGCGGUUCUAGUCAAACGAUUGCCACCCAUAAGAAACCCAAAACCUCGAUUGCAUAAGCUUUUCAAAGACUUUUGGCUAUACUGCGUAGUAAUGGGAUUUACAGCAGCUGAAUCAGCUAUGCGAAAGCGUCUAUGGCCGCAAGAAUGGUAUGCGGGAGUAAAAGAGAUAGCGGCGAAAUCACCUUACCUUGUCUCUCAAACGUCGUUGCGUUCCGAAAUGCGAACGUAUCAGUACACGUCAGCUGUCAGAAAUGACUCGGUAUCAAUAAAUGAGUUGCAAGAAUUGAAAACGCAGAUUUUGAAUCUGUUAGACCAUCAACCGGAUGUUACAGUGAUUGUUAAUAAGUUGACGUUUGCGCCGUGUAUGUAUCUACUCAGCGUUUAUUGGCUGGAAUCCUUAAGAGUAUCCAACUCACCAGAACCAAGUUUACAACCAAUUAUUGAGUAUUUGAGUGAUACAGCACUACAGAAAGAAAAGAGUGGUAUGUGGCAAUGUGUUGCCAGCGUUGGCGAUAAAGUAUUCCAGAAAUUCUUGGACGUCAUGUCGGCAAAGGUUAAAGAUGAAUCUCGAGAAAGGGAAUUGGAGUUGCACGCGCAAUUUUUGCUUGUCAACUUCAAUCACAUACAUAAACAAAUAAGAAGAGUCGCUGAUAAGUGGCUGGCUGGACUUGUUGAUAGAUUUCCACAUCUAUUAUGGAAUUGUCGGGUUCUUUGGUCGAUGUUAGAUAUAUUACAAGUACUGAGCUUCAGUUUGGACUUGGAUGAAAAUCAAGAGACGCCGCUACUUAAAGUACCGGAUACUGACUUUACAUUGCAACUCCAAGAUACGCUGGAAGGGAGAGAGAGUAUUGUGAAAGACUUCGCAGACAGAUGCCACGGGAUCGUGCAAGAGGCUAUGAAAUGGGCGCCGCAGUCCACGAGGUCACAUUUGCAGGAAUAUUUGAAUCAGGUUCCCAAUUCGACCCUCUGGCAUCACUGCGGACUAGCCCUUGCAAUAAAUGCCUUACUGGGCGCAGCCGGUCUAAAUAGAAUGUCGGCCCCCCUACCACGAGCGGCGUUAGACAAACGACCACCCUGUGUCACGCAGGAUUCAGCAGCGUUACUCGCUGUUGUAUCGCAACGGAGUCGCUAUGUUGGAGAGGUUGCUGGUUCAGUGUCAGCGGAAGGCGGUGGGGAAGCGGCCUUAUGGCGCGUUGGGAGUCGAUUACUCACAACAUUAAAGGAGGCCAGUUCUAGUGGUAGUGAAACAGCCCACAGGAUCGCUCUGUGGCGCUGCACGGCACUUCUAGUACACGCAACGACGUUCUCUACGGGCGCUAGUUCCGCGUCGUCGACCGCCCGGUCUUUAUUGCAUAGUGUUGCAUGGUCACAAGUGGACAUCUUCACGGAAGAUGCAGUGACGUCAGCAGUGGAGUGUUGGCAAUGGCUGACCACGUCCAGACCGGAUUUAGAGUUGAGGCUUAUGCAGGAAAUAUUUGCGGCUUGGCAAAGUACCGUUGAUAGAAAAAUGGGUCUUUUUUCCAAGCAAAUUACGGAGAUCAGUCCACUUGCAGCAUAUGAAGGUGCCAAAUUAGAACCACGUCCACCAUUCGUAGCUCCGCAUGGAGUGUGGGUGAGGUACUUGUGUGAAGUGGCAGAAACGGCUAAAUACAACAGUUUGGAAAAAGUAGAGAUGCUGGCCAGUCUUUUGCAUAGAACCCUACCAAUUACAGUGGGUGAUGUACGAGAUCACAUAAAUAGACAUGUCGAUGCCGUUGGAGUACGAUUCAAACUUCUAUCUUGCGGUCUGUCCCUACUGCAAGGUGACAUUCUGCCUCGAUCUCUUGCCCGGAAUAUCCUAAGAGAAAGAGUUUAUAGCGCAUGCCUCGACUACUUUUGUCGAGGCCUGCAAUGCCCUUCAAAAGGUUCCAGAGAGUUAAGAGAAGACAUAAUUUCUCUUAUUAAAUUCUGGCAACUGAUGCAUUCCGACAAGAAAUACUUGAAGAGCAGUGAUAUUGGAGCUGACUUUGAACUUAUGCAUGGACCGAGCAACCAGAGCCUCUAUACAUCAAAUUCACCCACAGACAACAGAUCUUCAGUGAACAGUAAUGACAUUGGAAAUCGACAGACAACAGGCUGGAUAAAUACUGUUCCGAUGUCGACAACGACAUUGAGUAGUGGUGCGGGUAGCAUCGCCGGAAAACGGUCCAAUAGAAGUGUAAAGCCGCCAGCCAAGUCACAAGAUCCCUUCGUGAAAGAUUAUGUUCGAAAACGAAACCUUAUCCUGGAGUUAAUGGCAGUAGAAAUCGAGUUCCUAGUGACAUGGCAUAAUCCUCACAGUAGACCCGAGCAAGCGAUUCCGGGUGAGGAUAAUAUAACAACGUGGAGAUCCAAGCCAAAUACAGAAAGGACGUGGCGGGAUUACACGAAAUUGGCUUGGGAAAUAAGUCCAACUUUGGCUGUGUUCUUACCUGAAAGGUUGAAAAACGACAGUAUAGUCUCAGAGAUAAAGCGUAAAGUCCAGUCACACCCAACAUCGGUGUGCCACGUGCCUCAAGCUCUUAAAUAUCUCGUCACUACUGAAACUCUACUCAAUGAUGCGCAUGAGCUCGUACAUAUGGUGACCUGGGCGCGAGUAAGUCCCGUUGAGGCUCUAUCAUACUUCAGUCGUCAAUAUCCACCACAUCCGUUAUCUGCUCAGGCGGCCGUGUCCACACUUACGUCCUACCCGUCUUCGGCAGUACUGCUGUACAUUCCUCAGUUAGUACAGGCAUUACGUCAUGAUACUAUGGGUUAUGUUUCGGAACUAAUAAAAUCAUUGGCAAAGAAAUCUCAAGUUGUCGCUCAUCAACUUAUAUGGAACAUGCACACUAAUAUGUACACUGAUGAAGAAAUGCAUAAUAAAGACACCGCAUUAUACGACAUAUUAGAGGCGUUAACCAAGAAUAUAGUGGAUUGUCUUUCUGGGCCGGCUAAAGCAUUCCAUGAAAGGGAGUUUGAUUUCUUUAGUCAAAUAACAAAUAUUAGUGGAAUCAUACGACCUUAUCCUAAAGGAGCUGAAAGAAAAGCAGCGUGUUUGGAAGCCCUUAAGAAUGUUAAGGUCCAACCCGGAUGUUAUCUGCCAUCAAACCCCGACUCUAUGGUCAUUGACAUAGACUAUAAAAGCGGUACUCCUAUGCAAAGUGCGGCUAAGGCUCCGUACUUAGCGCGGUUCAGAGUAAGAAAGUACGGAAUAUCCGAGAUGGAAACUGUUGCUAUGGCCAUCGCCUCUGGGGAGGACCCACCCACUGAGGAAGGCAAAGACAGGUAUACGUCAAUAGCUCAGGAGACGUGGCAAGCGGCUAUAUUCAAAGUGGGCGACGAUGUACGACAAGACAUGCUCGCAUUGCAAGUUAUAUCACUAUUCAAGAAUAUCUUCCAACAAGUGGGGUUAAAUCUCUAUCUGUUUCCUUAUAAAGUCGUUGCCACUGCGCCUGGGUGUGGUGUGAUUGAAUGUGUGCCAAAUGCAAGAUCUAGAGAUCAAUUAGGUAGACAGACAGACAUCGGAAUGUAUGAAUACUUUAUUGCUACAUAUGGUGAUGAGGCUACUAGAGAAUUUCAGGCGGCGAGGCGUUGUUUUGUCACUUCAAUGGCGGCGUACAGCGUGAUAGGAUUUCUCUUGCAGAUCAAAGAUCGACACAACGGUAACAUCAUGCUGGACACCGACGGUCAUAUUAUACACAUCGACUUCGGCUUCAUGUUCGAAUCGUCACCAGGUGGAAAUCUAGGCUUUGAGCCAGAUAUUAAAUUGACAGAUGAAAUGGUUAUGGUGAUGGGUGGGAAAAUGGAAGCACCCGCAUUCCGGUGGUUCUGCGAGCUUUGUGUUCAAGCGUUCCUUGCUGUUAGGCCAUACCAAGAAGCAAUAAUAUCUAUGGUAUCGCUUAUGCUAGAUACAGGGUUACCAUGCUUCAGAGGUCAGACUAUUCGCCAACUACGAUCACGCUUUGCGCCAAAUUCUACAGAAAAAGAGGCGGCCGCGUACAUGCAAUCAGUUAUAAGAAACUCCUUCCUCAACUUCAGAACGCGAACAUACGACAUGAUUCAGUAUUACCAAAACCAAAUUCCUUAUUAAAUUCAUAUGGGUUUCUACAUUGCUAUAUGGUACUAGUACUUAUAAAAGGCCACAAAAGAAAUACCUCUGACUGAAAUGAAUAUAAACUACUCUUAUAUAAGAAUAUUUGGAGUGUCGUCAAACAAAUCAGAAGUAUAAUCGAAAGUCGUAGUCCUAUUAUCUGUGAACUAGUUGUUUUAUGUUAGUCUGUGCGGAUUGAAAACUGACCUCAUAUUUAAAAUGGCAGCAGUGCUAAAUUACCUUUUUUGUUGAUAUCCAUAAUGUCAAUACGAACACAAAUCCCUUUCACAAAUAUUUGAAUUAGGGUACCAUGUUAAAAUUGUUUUAAGCAUAACAGAUGCGCGGUUUCCGCUUCCCGUAUAGACUCGAACAGAGAUUAACAAAAAUAAUAAUUUGGCAAUGAUUAUUGGUCACGCCAAUUAAUUCUUUAGUAUCACUUAAAAGUUAAAAGGAUUUAUGAAAAUAAUAGGUUUUGGUAUAAUUUAGGUAAGCUAUGACUAUUUUACCAUGUACCUAUAUACCUACUCUAGCCAUAACUUCUGUGAGAAUAGUUUCAGGACAUGUACAACAAUAACUCGAUAUAUUGGACAUGCACUAAACUUCGCGUCUUGUUUAAUUACGAUAAAACAAGAUCAACGUAUAGUUCCAAGAGUUUGCGACCGUCCUAUUUUAUACUUUUUUUGGCAGUGUAAGUUGACGUUACUAGUAAGACGUGCAGAACAUGCAGUUGGUACAACCUUUCCGAGUAUCUUGAAUAUGCCUAACUCGACCUAUAAGUUAUCGAAGGUCUUUCGACGGAUCGUAAAACUUUUUACAUUUCAAUAUGGAAUAUGAGUUAUUCCGGAAAUAAUUGAGGAUUGAUCAUACCAAAAUCGUUUGAAAAUUUCUGUAUAAUUCAAAAUGAUUUCAACUGAAGGAUUGUAUUGGAUACAUAGCUAUCUGAUUAAAGGAUAAGUUACACGGUCAUAAUUUUGACAUUGACAAGGCAGAUGUCUCCUUUAUCAUUCCAUUAUAACAACAAAAAAGUAUUAUAGUUUAUUUUUAUUAGCAGAGGGACUUAAUUCGAAAAUCAUAAAGGGCUUCAAUUUAAUUAUUUUUAAGUUUACGGCACAUAUUCUGGGUAUAGUUUAGUUUUAAAUCUUUAAUUAUUUGGAACUAUCGCCUCGCUAUUGAUUUUUUUAUUUUACCUUUAUUUUUUAAGGUAUGCAAGUUUAAACUAUAUGAACUGUUUUCUAUUUGAUUCAUUAUAUUAAAGAUGAUUGUAAUGUUUACGAAAUUGUACGUACUUACGCAAAUGUUAGGAAACUAUGUUGGAUUCAUCAUAGAUAAUGGUGAUAGUAUUUCAUAUAAGUCGUGAGCAAAGCAUAAUAUAUGUAAAAAUUCUUAUCUGUAUCUAAAUAUCAAGCACUCCAGCGGAUUGACAAUACCUUGAUCUUUUUAUGUCAAAGAUAAAAAUUAUUACCUUUUGUCUUUAUAAAAAUGUAAAAUUAUUUAGGCUGCGGAUUAUUUUCUCGUUAAGAAUUCUUAACAUAUGUAACCUUUAUAGAAAAAAUAGCUUGGUUCCGUGUUUUAUUCAGUGAUUUGUAUCGAAGUUAAUAUACGGUUAUUAUAUAAUUUAAGAAGUGAAAUGUAUGCUUAUAUAAGUUUGACUGCUAAACUUUUGUGUCGACUUUCACAAAAUUUUAGGAUUUCCAGAAAAAGAUAAUUUUAUAAGGAAGGCUAAGGGCGCCAUUUAUUUGUAGAUACAUUAUUUAUAGUUCCAAUUGUUGAUCAUGUUGAUAUUCUAUUAAAUUAUAAGAAUUACUAACUAGUAAAUGUAAUAUUGAUUCCUAAGUCGUUUAUCUUGUCUUUUAGAUUUUAUUGUGGCAACCCUGUUACCUUUCUUAAUUUGAUGUUUCGUGAUUGAAACAAAUUGUUUAUUGUUACCAUAUAACUAUUUAAGUGAUUUAUUGUCAUUGGUAAAAUGUGUAACAGGGUUGCCGCUGUGUAUACCAAUAUUAAUGUUUCGGACAUUCCUCAUAUAAAUGUUUAGUAAAUUGUUGUUGGUAUUAAAUUAUAUAUGGUAAAGGAAGA